UCGACCAGUUGGGAAGCAGCGGUUUGGCAGGAGGAAGUUUUGUUUUCCAAAGCAGACGCCGCCAGCCAGCAGGAGGGCUUUGAGCGGGUUGAAAUCGUGCCGUAACAGGCCGUCGAUUCACGUGUAUUUUUCCCGCGGUGUUUUUGUGGGCGCCACGGGCCUGUGCCGGCCAGCGCGGACGCACAGUCCGGUCCCUCCGGCGUGCUCGAGCGCUGCACCGUGACCCCGAUUCGCGUUCGCCGAGAAAAUGGCGAUGGCGGCGGCCCAGGCGACGGCGACGAUCAACCCUCCUCGACGCAAGAGCAGCGGCCCGAAGCGUCCUGCUCCUGCGGCAACCCCUGAUGACUCGGACAGCGACGGCGCCACAGCACCGAAGCGAACCAAGAACGGAGAUGGCGGGGCCCCUGAACACAGCGAUGUGGCCUCACUCAGCUGGAGCGUGGAGGAGUUGGGGCAACUGGUGAGCAACCUGGCCCAGUGCUUGCCGGCCAAUGACCUGGUCAAGUACACCACCAUGGUGGAGAAAGUUGACUGGGAGAAGGUGCGCUUUGGCUCCUACACAGCCGUCCAAUGCAAGGAGAAGUGGGCGCAGCUGAUGCAGAAGCUUCGGCGUUACCGCACGCUGACUGACCUGGUGGGGGAUGCGAGGGAAUGGCUCAAGCGCCCAUGGCUGCCGGGCAACGGUACGGCGCGCCGUCAGCGGCACCCAGGCCUGCCCAAGAAACCUUUGACCCCUUAUUUCCGGUUCUUCCUGGAGAAGCGUGAGAAGUACUCCCGCGAGAACCCUGAGCUGUCUAUGACAGAGCUGGCCAAGCUCAUCUCCAACAAGUUCCAGGAGCUUCCUGAGAAGAAAAAGCAAAAGUACAAGGAGAGCUUUGAACGGGACAAUGACGUGUACAAGGUGGAGCUCAAGAAGUUCAAGAAAGAGAAUCCAGACGCGUUUCCUGAGCCAGCCGGUAAGCAGCCGCCUGCUGGUGCUCCCGCCCUGCCACCCAGUGCGCCCGAGAAGCCGCAGACGCCCAUCCAGCUGUUCACUCUUGACCGUCUCAAGAAGCCCGACUUUGCCAAGUUGGACAAGAAAGAGGCCCAAGAGGAGAUCCGCAAGCAGUGGGCAGAGUUGUCUGAUGGUAAACGCAUCAAGUGGAUCCGACGAGCACUCCAAGACCAGCACCGAUACGAGCUGGAGGUCGCGGAGUACAGCCAGGCGUAUCCGGGCUUCAAGGCAGCCGCAGUAAAACCGAUACUGAGCAAGGCCGAGCAAGAGUUCAAGGACAAGUGCGACGGAAAGCCUGAGCGGCCUCCUAACUCCGGCUACAGCCUGUUUUCGCGCAUCAUGCUGCGGCAACUGAAGAAUGUACCGGCUAAGGAGAAGAUGGCAGAGAUCUCACAGCUAUGGAAGAACCUCAGCCAACCAGAGAGAGAUUCCUACAACAAGCAGGCCACCAAGGCUAAUGCCAAGUACAAGGAGAAAUAUGCAGCCUACCUGAGCAACCUUCCAGAGGAAGAGCGGCAAAAGGUUGAGGCCGACUCAGCGCCGCACAAGUCGGUUGCAUCUGCCGGCGGGGGUGCAGCAGCCAAAGGAAAUUCCAAGGGCAGCAACCUGACUGCGUCGGGCAAGGGAAUCCGUGCCACACCUGGCGACGAGAACCAGCCCCCCGCAGGAGAGCGACCAAAACCCAAGAAGCCCCUGUCGGCCAUGUUCUUCUUCCAGCAGGAGAAGCUGGCCGCCAUGAAGGAGCGCUGUCCACAGAUGUCCCACCAGGAGGUGAUGCGCGCGCUCGCCCGAGAGUUCUCCGAGCUGCCCGAACGCAAAAAGGAGAAAUACAAGAAGAUGGCCACAGAAGCGAAGGAGAAGGCCAUUGAGGAAACAAAUGGACACAAAGUCAAAGAGGAGAAGGUGCAUCAGGUACCCACUGUGCCCAACCUCAACAGGAGGAACCGGCUCUUCAAAGGGGAACCAAAAAAGCCACCCCAGAGCGGCUACGGGGUGUUCUCAACGGAAAUGCUCAGCCAACUGGUCGACGUGGAUCCCAAGAACCGCAUGGCCGAGAUCGCCAAGCGCUGGAACGCUAUGCCGGACUCCGACAAGGAGCGCUACAAGCGUGCAGUCCAGGACUUGCAGCGCAAGUACAACAAAGAGCUGGCGCGAUUUCUUGAGGGUUUGAGUCCUGAGGACCGGCUUGAGUAUGAGGCACGGCGAGCCAGGAUGAAGGCCAAGCGCAAGGGUGGAGCGAUAAAGGCAGCUGCCACCCGCAAGGAGAAGAGGCGCAAGGCUGCUGCCGCUGCUGACGACGCCAAAGUCAAGGAGGAGGAUGCAUCAACAGAGGAGAGCAGCUCAGAAGAGUCCUCCGAUGAAGACGAAGAUGAUGACGAGGAAGAAGAGGAGGAGGAGGGAGAGGAGGAAGAGGGAACUGAGGAGAAGGCUGGCAAGUCCGAUGACGAGGACUCAGAUUCGAGCUCUGAAGAGGAGGAAGAAGAGGAAGAGUCUGAAUCUGGCUCCUCAGACUCAUCUAGUAGCGACGAGUCGGACGAGCCCUCUGCCCCCACGUUGCCGCCAGUAGUCCCCAAGCAGCAAGCCCUGCCCUCCAAGAAGCAGCAGACACCUGUCAUCAAGAAGGAAGAGGCACCGAGCUUGGCCACAGCGCCGGUAGUGGCUAAGACCGAGCCCAACACGAACCAUGAAGAAGACGAUGAGGAAGACAGCAGUGAGAGUGAUAGUGACAGCAGUUCAGACAGCAGUGACGACGAUGACGACUCCGAGUCGGGGUCAGACAGCAAGGACUGAGGUCGCCGUGCCCCUUCUUGUUACGAGGACGGGGACAAGCCUCCUGUGUUGUGCUGUAGGACGAAACAGUUGUGCGAAGGAGCGCAGCAACGUCAUUUGUGGCCGACAUUCUCACGCAAGGUUGUCGCCUUCUCCGUCUUGCCCCUGCCACGGACUGUUAUUAGCCGUGAAGAUGCAGAUGCCGAAAGACUCGUGCUGCCGAAGUUCUGGCACCUCUCCACGCUCUAUCUAUAAAGUGCCUGCGAGACUAUCUGCGGUGGCUGCGUGACAUUGCAGCGGACUCUACAAUCGCAAUGUGUUAGCUUGACUUGUCGUGUUGUCGGCCCUGUGUUGCUACACGCAAAAAGAGAGACUGGGGGGAAAAAAAAAUGUCAGUGUCGCGUCGCAGGCUCAAUGAAGGCUUGCUUUGCAUAUCUCAUAGUAAAAUACUGAGGAGGGAUCCCAUCAUAUGUACGGUGCUGCCGUGCCUUUGGCAAUUCAGAGCACAGUGUUUCAAGGGUGGCCGUUUUUUGAGAGCAAUGAGAGAGUGGUGAAAAUUAGCCUAUGAUAAUGACAUUAGCUCACCAGUGCAUGUGCUUGUACUGCCAUACCAAGCACACCUUUAGAAACAUUCUUACGAGCUGAAAUGCUUUCCGUAUUUCCUCCAUGAGCGAGGCCACUUGUGAAGCUUUUUGUUGAUAUUGUGUAAUUUGACUGCUGGCGUUAUCACUUACUAAUUUUUCGCACUCUUUCAGGGCCACCGAAAGCCAGUUUUCGUACCCUCUACACAAUACUGCUUGUCUUUUUAAGCUUCCACCAUACGUGUUAUGAACAUGUUUCACCUGGCACACAUGCCUAACUUUUUAAUGGUGAGCAGCGGUCUACCGUGUGCAUUCUAUUCAGGCCAGAGAAAAUCGAAUUGUCCGUUUAGUCGAUUGCUUUCUUUAGUUCUCCUAUUUCCUUAAAAAAUGCUGGAAUGAAAGUUGUGUCUCCCUGCCCAAUUGAAAACUCCUCGCUGUCAAUGCAGAAAGGCUUUUCCAGCUGUUUGCCUUCUCUGCAUUUUUAAUAGCAUUUACUUCUGCAAAGCCGCUUGUGGCUAAAAUUACUUUGUAGCUGCUUUGGAAGCCCAAGGCAUCUUAUUGGGCAUGUGCUGUUUUGAGCAUGUCCCCUUGAUACACACUUUUGUGAUCUGACGUUGUCAGUUACAGCUGCCAUUCUAGUUCGAGUCUUUCCGAUUUAGUUUGAGGUCCUCACUGACUUUCUUUCUUCUUGUGUUGUGCCUUUCAAUCAUGCCCUGCAGAGCAUCGUACGUUUUUAUCUGCUCUGCUCUCGUAGAACUUUUUUACUGAAUCACUGGAACAUGUUGUGCAUUCUGGCAUGUCCUUCAACUUAACACUUAAACAAAAUACUCACUGCAUAUAAAUUUUGCAAACUGAAGUUGCUUGCAUGUUCUGUUUUUCCGCAUGCACAAUAUUGGCUGCUUAAAGUGACCCAUAGUGUGGAGUUAAGCAGGCACUACUAGCUUUGGGGCCGUGCCAUCGAACCUGCUUACUCAACUUUUAUUUAAGCACUUUCAGUCUUAAAUAUGCUCAUAGCAGAUUCGUUAUGAUGCAAAGCAAGCAAAGGUAUUUGCACUUGAUUUGAGCACUGGAAUUGCAUUCAGCAUCACAAAGCUGGUUCGUGUCAUUAGCAUUCAUUUGGAGGCAUCGGCAUAUUAUGCAAUGUGAUAUUGCACUCUUAUAACUGGUAUUUGUAAUUCCUUGGUCGCUUCCAAGGCAGCUAUGAAAGGCGGCUGCACAUGUGAUGAAAAAAAAGUCUUCUCUGUCAUUUUCACUGCAGAUAUGGUGCCACGAUACUUACAAAACAUUUAUUUAAUUACUUGUCAUUCAGCACUGCAGGCAAGUACUGUAACUAUUAAGCGCAGCGCAAGUUGUCCUAAAAUUGUGAUGUCAUUGUUUUCAAGCUGUCUGAAUGUGUAGCUUCAAAUUGCCCAUGUGUUGCCGUGCUGCUGGGAGAUCUGCGCCUUGGUUGUUGCUUUGUGGAUUUUGGCACUUUUGAGUGCGAAGUGAGAGUCUAUACUAUUAACUGCUAACUGUUCAUGCUGAUGAAAGUGAGAUCUUUGUAGAUUUUUCUUCCUAGUAGAUUUGUGAGCUUAUGCAUUGUUUAAAAGCCUAAGCUGCACUGCAAGAAUUAAUUCAAUCAAGUAUUCUUUUCUUUUUUUUUUUUACAUUAAGCAAGAAAGUAUUUUAGCCAUUAUGAAAAAAAAAAAAAAUGUGUUGCUAAGUUAGAGCCAGGUAGUUCUGCCAAGGUAAGAACUCAUUUUUAGCUGUGCUGCAAGUUUCCACCAUGAAGAUGAACAGUAGCAUCAUUUUUUUACUUUUGUAAACUUUUGCCUAUGUCCAGCGGGCAACUUUCAGGAACAGUGUGCAUGGCUUCCUUCCAAAGAUGCGUGACGAUAUUCCAAUUGUCUCGGCGAGAAGUCGUUGAACUGAGCCCAAAGCCAAAGUUUUCAUGAUGGGGAGGCCAGGGUUUAGUACUUAUCAGAAGUUGCUGUGGCUUGUCACUCGAUACUCUUGCAUGGCAAGUUGGCGCAGAAUAUUAGAAGCAAUGUGAUUUAAGGAUGUGCAGAAUCGCAUAUUGACAAGGGAAUCAGAUGUGAAAGUUUUUUCUGGCUAAAUGCUGGCUCAUUUACAUGUACUGUUGUCACAGAGGUGGCACUUCAUGGUGCAUUUUGUUCAACGCCAUGCCUAGACGUAGUACUUAGCUGUUUCUUCCUGAAUUAAAUCAAAUUUGCGUAUCUUAAGCUGCGGUACCACAUGAAAAACGCAUAGUGGAAGGAACAGUGGUCAAAAGUUUAUCAGCCACGGGAUAUAGGAAAACACUGAAUUUUCCAACAUACUCAGCCAAUAAAACUGAACAAUAUGAUGUUCACAAAUACUAGUACAAGCUAAGAUGCCAGGCUGCAGAAGUGUUCAGCUUUUUCGCAGAUCCUGCUGUCCAUAAACUUUUCAGGCGAACUGCAAUUGUAAAUAAAAUAUGAAUCUGAGCGCAGAAUUAAACAAAAGGCACCAUAUAGUGGUGCCUCCGUGUAAAAUUUGAGCGUUAGGUGAACCAGCUGUUUAGCCAGUAGAAAUCUCUAUCACAGGCUCGCGUGGCAAUGCAACAUAUGACCAGCGCCAUCUCAUAUUUCUUCAAAAUUUACACUUGCCUAAAGAUAAAUGGCAAGCUUCACAGCUUUUGUGAGCAUUGUGGCCUUUUCUGCUGUUAGAGCAAGCUGGCAUACCUCCAAGUUGGUGCACAGGAAUGCUGCAUGUUCUGAGCAGAGGCUCAUAGGUUCCUUACAAUACUAAACGGGCCACUUAGUGCAGGAGACAAGUUGUGUGCCUUUCCUUGUGCCCUAGAGAGAGAGAGAACUGAUGCGAUACAAUGUGCCAUCACUGUACGAGGUAUGCUUGCAUGUAUGCAUGUGCCAUGUAACUGUAUAAUUGUCCAUGUCCCUUCUCCCAAUUUCUUUAAUGGGCUUAAGCACAAUAGCCCCUGCCUGUAGUACCCCCAACCCUUGCGGUGUACUGUCAAGUUGUAUUGUCGUUUCGUUUUCCUCCAAGAGUUUGUACAAAAGUACAACUUGUGCGUUGUGUAGGCACCCGUAACACGAACUGCCACCGUCAUUAUUCCAUCAUCACCAACUAGUCUGUUUUCUGCCUUAACAGGGACGCAGAAGGGUGUUUUUUUUUUUUUUUUAGUAAAUAAAAGUGUCAAAACACUG